AUGAGGGAUCUUGUGAGUAGCCAGUACAGCUCCUUUCUUUUCUGGAGGAUGCCUAUAUUAGAACUGGAUCUGUUGGAGCUGGAAGGCCUGGGGCUGUCAGAUAUAUGCACCUACAAGAUCAAGGACAGCAGCAAUGGCAAAAUGACUGGGCAAGCAAUAGGAGCAGAGCAAGAGAAAAACCCAGGAGGUGGUACCCUCCUAGAGUAUAGAACCUUCAACUUCUGGAGAGCUCCCGUUGCCAGCAUCCACUUCUUGGAAUUGAAUUUGCUCUAA